UGCUGUGACAGUCAGCAGCGAGACAGCAUGGACAUUACAGCUCCCUGCAUCAGACUGUUGAUGGAUGUGUUUGUCUUGCUGGUUGCACAUGCUGACCACAGUUACUUUGCUCAGAGAGCUGUCUCAGAUGCAGCGUUUCCUCGGAUUUCUCCAGACAGACUGCAGUUCUUUGAAUAUGAGACUCUCACUAUAAGUUGUGAAGAGUUUGGAGGCUUGAGUGAAUGGAGAGUGAUGAGGAAGCUCAACAAAACAACUCCAACAGAGUCUUACAACUGGAACUCAUCAGCAGCCUCCUGCACCAUUCAUCCUACCUUUAAAAGACACAGCGGAGAAUACUGGUGUGAAGAUGCACAGGGAAACCAGAGUGAUGUCCUCAACAUCUCCAUCACUGAUGGUUCUGUGAUCCUGGACGUUCCUACCCGUCCUGUGGUUGCGGGAUAUGAUGUGAUUCUGCACUGCAGGAAAGAGAAAACUCAAGCAAAACACAUUGCAGAUUUCUACAAAGAUGGUGUCAAAUUAGGGACCUGGUAUGAAAACAACAUGACUAUCCACAAUGUUUCCAAGUCUGAUGAAGGACUGUACAAGUGCAGAAUCUCUGGAGCUGGAGAAUCACCAGAGAGUUGGCUGUCUGUUUUAAAUCAAAAUGAAACAGCUUACGAAGAGACUCGUCCUUCUGACAGUGACUCUCUUCAUCUUCCCUCCCUUCAUCUUCCCUCCCUGCUAUGGAUUGUAGGCAGUGUUUUAUCGGUGGCUCUGGUGCUGUUGGUGGUGGGACUACUUCUCUGCAGAAAACACAGAGUAUUGGUCUUUUGUUCAUGUGGAAAACAAACACCAGGAUCACAGCCACAUGAAGGUCAACCCGUCUCAGGAGAGGAAAAUGACGUUGAUCCACCCCCUGCAACAUAUGCAGUUGUCAAAAAACAAAGGAAGAAGAAAGUGUCAGCUGGAGACAAUGCAGUUGAUCAAGACAACGUGACAUAUGCUGUUGUUACAAAGCAAAAGAAGAAGAAAGAGCCGGGUGGUACCAAGCCACAUUUACCAGAUGAGUCUGUCACCUACGCUUGUAUCAACUAUAGGCCACUUGCAACUGACUGAAGGACUGAGGAGAUGGUCUGUUCAAACCUCUACUUUUGUAUUUUAGUUAGCAAGGGAACUUUUUUAUAUAUAAAUAAUCUUUAAUAAUGUAAAUUUGUAAAAACUGUUUAAAGAUAUUAUGUAAAAAUGUACAAAAGUCGUAUUUUGUUAAUGUUUGACAUCCGUUGAAAAGCACAGGUUUGGUUGAGUACUAGUGAGGUAACUCACAUUCACAUGCAUUCACUGAUAUUAAGUAUUAACCAGUGUUUAUGUGCAGUGGUGGGACUUAACAGUGACAGUACAUAACCUGCCACUCCAUUAUUGUUCCUCUCAAUGAGAUAAAUGUCUUUCAUGUGACUUUUAUGUAACUUUUUUUCAAACAAACAAUAAUAAUCAUAAAGUAAAAUCAUGAAGUUAAAACCAGACUUGGCUUUUGAUACAAUGUGUUCCUUAGACACCUAAUGCAGGAAAUGUUUCACUUCUCUUAAAAGUCAACACGUACAGUUGGGUUUUAGUGUCAGUUCCUUGUGGUCAAAGAAUGAGAUCUUCUUUCUAAAGCAGCCGAAUGAGGAUACAUCCACUGGGCAAGAGGAAGCACAGAGACAUGUCUACACCUACAGAGGAUUGAUUUUUCUUUUAACGAACAUUUCGGCAAAUAUUCUUCACUCUAAGUCAUAAAUACUGUUGUAUUUUCUAUAAAGCUCUGUUGAUGUUGUAAAAUCAUUUUUAGUUUAUGUUUAAGUUCAUAGUUUAUAGAUUAUUCUAUUCAGUACCAGACCCACUCACUGAAUGCAAACAUGUUUGUACUUGUAUUGCCUUAGGAACAGAAACCAGAAAAUGAACUAAGCUGUUUGCAGAUCUUGUACAUUUCACUGCGUCAUUUAGACUCUAUAUACAUUCAUAAUGACAGAGCCUUUUACAUACUAUAAUCAACAGCAGUUUCUGUACAAUUAAGAAGGCUGUAAACAUUCAUAAUCACAAGCCUAGUUCACAUGUAAAUGUAGAAAAUUUGUACCAACCUUUUCCACCUGAGCCAAGUUUAAGCAUUACUCCAAAAUAUUUGGAUUUGGAUAUUUUUUUUUACUUCUACAACGUUUUUAUGUGCAAAUUGAACUGUGCAUUGAUGGAACAAUUUGAAGUAGUCAAGCUGUUUCCAGUAUUUGAAAAUGGUCAUGUGGUUCAUCGUCCUCCUCAGUCUGUAUCUGGGGUCUUCGGCUUGGUCACGUCCUCAGUGUCUAUUUUUAAGAGCGAGCAGCUUAUUAGAGUGGAACAGUUAAACCACAAUGUUCUGCCUGCUCUGUUCACACGUCUGAAAACGCUGCUGCUUUUAAAUACGCUCACUGUGGUCGACAACCACACGAUUCAGUUAACAGCGGUUUGGCUUGAAAGAGACACACUGACAAUACGUUUCCAUUAUCAUAUCAAACCACUGACAUCCUUCACAUGGUUCCUCGCUGACACUACCUCUGGGGCCCCGUCACAGCAGCUCAGUUCAUUAGAAGCCCUCACUCUGACCAGAAUUUGCCAGGUUAAAGAUUUACACUGAUGAUUAUAGGCAGGGUUUACAUUACACUAAAAAACAUUAAGUUGACAGUUUCAAACUGCCUGUGAACAUUUUGGGCUUUACUUAUAAUGUUAAAUGUAUUAAUACUGUGCUCAAUAAUUUGUUUAUCUGAUGUAAACAAGAAUACUGUCUGUUCACUGGAUUAUUACAGCCUGUCACUAAAGGCAUAUAAAACAGUUUAAAGUAGGAACACAGAUUUUACACAUUAUGGUUUGUUUACAGGUCAUGGAGAGUAUUACUGCACUAAAGCCAUACAUGGAUUAAUCACUCUCAUUAUUACAGUUUUAAAUAAAGGUGUUUAUUUUUUUUAAGGUUUUGGGAAUUCCCUGAUAUUGUUUUAAAUGAAGUUUUGAAAUAAAAUAUUACUUUGUUUGGA